AUGUUUUCCUCUUCGAUAUUUGUGGCUGCUCUCGCCAUGGCUAAGAUGGUGGCUGGUGAGGCAGCAUCUGGAAGCUAUACUUCAACCACACCAACUACGCCCGAGGCAAAAGCUUCUGCUGCUGCCGCCACGGCUCUUAAAGCCAAAGCGGCCAUGUUCAACCAGGAUUUUCAUGAUUACAUCUUUAUUGUUCUUGCUUCCUUGAUCGCGGCUAUGGUAGUUUGGAGAGUCGGGAUUGAGUCGGUCAAAUAUGUGCGAACUUUGGCAUCACUCAACAACGAGACUCAGAGAUACUUUGCUAUUCCUUCCUUUGGCUUUGCAAGAUUCAAGAAGCAUGUCCUUUAUGCUCCUAUCCUGGGAAAAAGGCAUAAUAGGGAAAUUCAAAUAGGAAGAGCCGUCAACGUUGGUACGCUUCCAACCAGAUUUCAAUUUGCCUUCCUCUUGGCCUAUUUCGGAACAAACAUUGCGUUCUGUGCUGUUAGCAUUACCUGGGAUCAAACGUAUACUUCAGUCGCGCAGCAGCUUAGGAAUAGAACCGGUAUUCUCGCCGUUAUUAACAUGAUUCCUCUCUUCAUCAUGGCGGCGCGAAACAAUCCUCUGAUUAACUGGCUUAACAUGUCUUUCGAUACAUUCAAUCUCUUGCACAGAUGGACUGGACGUAUCGUAACUCUUCAGGUUAUCGCACAUGUUGCCGCUUGGGCUGCUUCCAAAGUUCACACUUCCGGUUGGUCCGCAGUCUGGUCAUCGAUCGCGAAAAGCCCUUUCCUAACUUAUGGCGCCAUCGCCACGAUCGCUUCUAUUGUAAUCAUGAUACAGGCUAGCUCGCCUGUUCGCCAUGCCGCAUAUGAAAUUUUCAAAUACCUUCACAUUGCGCUAGUCAUCAUUUUCAUCAUCGGUAUCUACUAUCACUUGAAGUUAGAGGAUCUUCCACAACUAAAACUUCUCUGGGGAGCCAUUAUCCUUUGGAUUACAGAACGUGUAUACAGAAUAGUUACAGUUGCGUACCGAAACUUCGGAAAGGGUACAUCCAAAACAUUGGUGGAAGCCCUUCCAGGAAAUGCUGUUCGAGUUACCGUUGAUAUGGCACGACCAUGGAAGUUCAAGCCUGGACAACAUGCCUAUCUUUACAUGCCAUCGAUUGGACUAUUCCAAUCUCAUCCUUUCUCGGUCGCUUGGUCAGAAGAGGCAGAAGAUUUAUCAGAUGAAAAGAUAGCAAUGAACCGCCAAGAUAUCUUAGCUAUGCAAAAGACAACCAUGUCCUUCGUCAUUCGAGCCCGAACUGGAUUUACAGAAAAGCUUUACAAGAAAGCGGAGGCUUCUCCCGAUGGAAAACUCUAUACCAAGUGCUGGGCUGAAGGCCCUUAUGGAGGAAUGCAUAUGAUGCAUUCUUAUGGAACAGUUAUGUUAUUCGCAGGAGGUGUUGGUAUCACUCACCAAGUUCCACAUGUACGUGACCUCGUUGCUGGUUAUGCCAAUGGAACCGUGGCCGCACGAAAGAUUGUUCUAGUUUGGACUAUACAAUCACCAGAGCAUCUCGAGUGGAUUAGACCAUGGAUGACUUCAAUUCUCGCUAUGGAGAAACGUCGUGAAGUCCUUCGAAUCAUGUUAUUCAUCAGUCGACCAAGAUCUACUAAGGAGAUUCACAGUCCAUCUGCAACUGUACAGAUGUUCCCAGGUAGACCCAAUAUUGACACCUUGAUGGAGACUGAAAUAGAGAACCAAGUGGGUGCCAUGGGCGUCACGGUCUGUGGUAGUGGAGCACUCAGUGAUGAUGUUCGAAGCGCGGUUCGUAAACAUCAAUAUUCUGGAAAUAUUGAUUUCAUUGAAGAAGCAUUCUCGUGGUAA